CAAAGUCUGCCAUCCAUUUAUAUAUGAUACCAUGACCAUCUCUGUAUCUCUUCUUUCCACACGCAUACCAAAUCCGGAAUUGGCAAAUUUGGAUUCCUAAAUCUACUAAAAUCUUCAAUUACCAUUCUACCGAUCCUUAAUUUCCUUGUCAAAACAGUUAAUUUAUGGUUAUUGAUCAUCGUUAAUUACAAUUUUUUUGAAUUAUACAUACAUACAGACAUAUAAGUAGGAUAUCGGACUCCCAGUUUGUAAAUUCGGAUCGGUGUUCUUUAAUCGAUUGAGAAUUUGGCGUUCUUGUGAACUGAUUCUGCGCCAUGGCGAGGAGAGAGAGAAAUUGCAGAUCAUCAUCGAUCGGAAGGAGGAAAAGGAAGAAAAACUCGGUUAGUAUCAACGGAAAAGGUAAAUUAACGAAACGACGACGGUCGCAGCGGCGGCCGGUAGUCGGAUCUCUUCCCGGCGAUCUGUUGAUUGAUGUACUUGCUCGAGUCGCAUCCUCUUCCUUUACGGAUCUCUUCAAUGCCAAAUUAUCUUGUAGGGAAUUUCUUGGAGCAGCAGAAGACGAAUCAAUCUUUCAACAUGUUUCAAUUGACAAGUUUCCCGUAAUUCAUUGGUUUCCUCCGAGUAAUGAACUGCUUUCAUUCCUUAAUCGUUGCAUCGAUUUAGGGAACCCUGAGGCAAUGUUCAGACAAGGAAUGAUAGAAUUCUUCAGUCUUGCGAGGAUAGAAACAGGGCUCGAGUACUUGAAAAGGGCAACUGAGAAAGGUCAUGUGGAGGCGACAUAUGUUUAUGGUAUGAUUAUGCUCUCUAGAGGUGGUCAAUCAAGUCAACAAGGCUUGAAUAUCUUAAACUCAAUGAAGGUAUCAAGAUCCAAUUAUUUAAAAAUACGCGAGUGUCGUGCUAAAAUUAAAGCAAUUAUAAGAGAAAUGUGGAUCAAUAAUUCAAUUUCAUUAAAUGAGGUUGGGUGCAAAUGUGAAGAUAGAAACAAUAUUAGAAAAAGAAAAUUUGACGAUGAAGACGACGUUAUAGGAUGUGAUGCUUGUGGGUGGUAUCGUGAGGUCAUCUCCUUUUGUAAAAUAGUAGAUGGUGUCGUUUAGGAGGGUAUUCAAUUUGCAUAUUUUUUCCGCCACCUACAAAUAUUAAAUUAUUUGAUAUAUAUGUGUGUAUGUACAUAGUUUUAUAUUGUUUAGGUUUGUAUAAUUAACAUUCAAUGUAAUAUGGAUAGAAAUAUGAUUGUUUUAGAGGUAAA